AUGAACUCGAGAGUGCUUAAGGAGCUUAAAUCCACGGACACGGUGACAGUUAUUUGGGACUCUAGCUCCACUGGGGAUUCUCAAAACGAGGCUAUGGAAUCACUGGUCCAAAGUCUCAAAACCGUCGUACUCGAUGGCAACGUUAAUCUCGAGAACUUGAACAUCUUUAUCCAUAGCGCUGUUUCCUCUGUGGGCUCAGUCAUUAUCACCGGGUGGCCGGAAGCCUUCCCUGCCGGCAAACACGACUUUGAAUUCUUUUCAACUCUGGUCUCCAGAAUGCCUAUUGGUGGUCGGUUGAUAUCGCGCGAGGUUGUUGAAGGGGACUUGACCACAUCUCUUGAGAGGAUUCGUAAGGCUGCUUUGCUUAGCGGUCUGGUGGACAUCAAAUUUGUCGAAUGUGAAAGUGGGUUUCUGUGCUUGAGCGCCUCGACUCCCUCCAUUUAUCAAAAGGGCGCGAGCGCUAAACUGCCUUGGGCAGCAGACACCAUCUCAGACGAUAUAUGGAACGCUGUGGAAGCAGAAGAGGGAGGUAAUUUGAUUAACACGGAGAAGCUGCUCCUUGAAAGCGACUUGAAGAAGCCCAUCACCGCUCCUUGUGGCGAACCUUCGGUGGGCGGGGUAAAGAAGAAGCGUGCAUGUAAAAACUGUACCUGUGGACUUGCUGAAUUGGAGGCCGCUGAGGCUGAAAAGACUAACACUGCCGGUGUCAAAUCCGCUUGUGGUAAUUGUUACCUUGGAGAUGCUUUCCGCUGCUCCUCCUGCCCCUACAAAGGCCUGCCACCCUUCAAGCCGGGCGAGCAAGUGGUCAUCCCGGAUGAUAUGCUUGCUGCAGAUAUCUGA